AUGGCGUUGGUGGAACAGUUGGUGAAAUCCUUGAGCGUGGACGUUCUAGUUUGUUGCGAAAGCGAGCCGUGCAAUUUGAAGAUGGUUGAGCCGAAAAGCGAGCCUGUCGUGUCCUCCGAAGACGUUUUUCUCGUGAGAGCGAUGAAAUGGAAGUCGACCGAACCGGAACACGAGAAAAACACAAUGGUUUUAGAGGCAGUCUGGUCCUUGAUUAGGUUUUUAAGGGUGCCUGCCAAUGUGACAAAUCUCAACUUUGGUGGCACAACAACCACCUGUUGCAACAGCUGGUCGGGCACUUUAGUGACCUGUUCACUUGUUGUCACGAGUUCGGCCUUUUCUAGCGAGAUUUCACCCAGUUUUUUCACAUUUGGCUUGAUGGUGGCAGAACACAAAAUGUUGAUUCUUUUAGCCGGCAGCGACUGGUACUUGCUCGGAGCAGCAGACGAAGACACAGCCGAUAGAAUUUUGGCGAUACUUUCCUCAAAACCAAGCUCCAUAAGUCUGUCACCUUCGUCCAGAACAACGUACCUGAUCUGCGAGAGAUUCAGGUUUUGGGUGUGUUCAAUAUGGUCGACCAGUCUUCCUGGUGUGGCAACGAGGACGUUGACACCUUUACGCAACCGUGCUUUUUCAGACUUCUUUUUCUCACCACCAAUAACGUUUCCGGCAACGAUUCUGUGGUCGCAAUGA